GACCAGUCAUUUUAGUGACAUGAGGAACUGUCGGUUAUCGCUGUCAUCAUAACAAGACAACUACUUAAAAACAGAAACAAACGGUUUGAAAAGUGUGGAUACCAGAGAACAUAACUUCUGGAAUAUAAUUUAAACUAUCCGUUGAUCCGGUCUACAAAUGAGCAACUGCAUACGUCAUUGCUGGGGUCCACACAAUAAUCGGGUCGCCCGAUGAGAGAGCGCUGAUCAACUCAUCAUCCUCAGCCCUGUGGAUACCAGAGGCCGUCAAGGACCGAGAGAGAGAGAGGCUUUGUCUCCUCCUCCCUCCGUCCCCCUGUCCGCCUCACUUCACCACCCCAUUUCCUGCUUGAGUUGGUCCCCCUUAGCGUUUCAAAACUGUUUCUCCAACGGUUUUUCCAAAAACUCAGACUGUUUUCCAAAGCAGAAGCAGCGCCACAGCCCUCCCACCAGAACGAGGUGAUGGGAAGUGUGCGAGCCAACCGCUACAGCAUAGUGUCAACCGAGGAGCACGGCAUGAAGUUGGCCACUGUGGCAGUGCCCAACGGGUACGGCAAGGGCAAGGUGCACACGAGGCACCAGCCCCAGAGCCGCUUUGUCAAGAAGGACGGUCACUGCAACGUGCAGUUCAUCAAUGUCUCUGAGAAGGGCCAGCGUUAUCUCGCCGACAUCUUUACGACCUGUGUGGAUAUCCGCUGGCGGUGGAUGUUCGUCAUCUUCUGCCUGGCGUUCCUCCUGUCGUGGCUGUUCUUCGGCUGUGUCUUCUGGCUGGUCGCCAUCUUCCAUGGGGACCUGGAGAACGACGCCCAGAAGUGUGUCUCCAACGUUAGCAGUUUUACCGCAGCCUUCCUCUUCUCCAUCGAGACCCAGACCACCAUCGGCUAUGGCUACCGCUAUGUAACCGACGAGUGUCCUGUGGCGGUCUUCAUGGUGGUCUUCCAGAGCAUUGUGGGCUGCAUCAUUGAUGCCUUCAUCAUCGGCGCCGUCAUGGCCAAGAUGGCCAAGCCCAAGAAGAGGAACGAGACGCUGGUGUUCAGCCACAACGCUACAGUGGCUAUGAGGGACAACAAGCUGUGUCUAAUGUGGCGCGUGGGGAACCUGAGGAAAAGCCACCUGGUGGAGGCCCACGUUCGGGCACAGCUCCUCAAGUCGCGCACCACUGCAGAGGGGGAGUUCAUCCCUCUGGACCAAGUGGACAUCGACGUGGGCUUCGACAGUGGAGUCGACCGUAUCUUCCUGGUGUCCCCCAUCACCAUCGUCCACGAGAUCAGCGAGGACAGCCCAUUCUAUGACAUGAGCAAGCAACAGCUGGAGACGUCCGAGUUUGAGAUCGUGGUGAUCCUGGAGGGGAUGGUGGAGGCCACGGCUAUGACCACCCAGUGCCGCAGCUCCUACCUGGCCAGCGAGAUCCUCUGGGGCCACCGCUUUGACCCGGUGCUCUUCGAGGAGAAGAGCUACUACAAGGUGGACUACUCUCGCUUUCAUAAGACUUACGAGGUGCCCAGCACUCCGCUGUGCAGUGCCAGAGACCUGGCAGAGAAAAAAUACAUCCUGUCCAGCUCCAACUCCUUCUGUUACGAGAACGAGGUGGCGCUGACUAACAAAGAGGAGACGGAUGAGGGGAACGGGGGUAGCGUGGGCCCAGACGUAACUCACACAGACAAUAUCUCAGACUCUGCACGUCACCAGGCCACUGUGCCACUAGAGUCCAGGCCCCUGAGGCGAGAAUCUGAAAUAUAACUGUGCAGAGACUUCAAACCACCUCACAGAGAAGAAGUUUCUGAUUCUAGAUUCACGUCUUGUUGUUCCAAAAGGCACAUUGAGCUGAGCUGGGCCUUGUGUAAAGGACAGAUUCAUGCCGAAGGUACUGCUGUGGGAACGGGGUAGCCGGGGACUUGUAUGUAAUAGUUUCUUAAAACAAUGUAAUUGAUUAUUACAACAAAAACAGCACUAUGAAAUGUGCAUAGAUGAAGGAAAAUGUUCUUGAAAAAUGGUUCCCACAAGAAAAUGAAAAGUAUACAUCUCUUUAGCAUCAAUGGAUAGACAGGAACAUGCAUCUAUAUAACAUUGGAAGGGAUGUUAGAUAUAAUGACUUGAAAUUAGCAGACAUGUCUCUGUAUCUGUCCAGCAAAUAAUGAACAAGAUGGUUUUAAGAACUAUAGUUUUGAUUUCUAUUCACUGCCCUUAAGUUGAAAAGAAAAAUGCUGCUAUAUGCAAAUUCUCUACUUUCUCGUUUCAGAGGAACUGGGGAAAAACAAACAAAGAUGUCCACCCAUAGAGUAAGAGAGACAUUUUGAAAGUUCUGCUCUUUCAGAGUGAAAACCAAAUAUGUUUUUAUUUAGCUAAUUUGCACUUUUUAAUUGAUCAUGGGCAACCAUCUCCAAAGUACUAUAAAGUUAUUUAAUGUUUAUCCAAACAAUUAAGCUGUAAUUCAGCCCUUUUUCUUUAUAAUAAGAUUGGAAUUUAUCACCAAUUUUCCAGUGAAUGCACAACUGAUUUUGGCUUUGACUAGAGCCUCAUGUUGCAGUGAACUGGGCGAUCUUUGAAGGCUUUAGUGAAUUGCACCAAAGGAAAUGUAGCUCAAUGUAGCUUUAACCUAUUGGAGAAAAUACUAUGCAGCUGUUGUAAAGUAGCGGAACAAAUCCUUAAAAAAAAAUACUAAAUGAUCAAUUUGAUACCUUUUUAUAUGAACUGCUACUUCAAUACAGUACUUAUCCAAAGCAGAUAUUUGAACCUGUAUGGACUUUUGUUAUUUGAGCUGGUCUCAUAACAGACAUACAACAUAACAUACUGUACAUGUAAGGGCCGUUCAAUGCUGGUCAAUUCAAUAGAAACAUGCCUGUUUUCUGUUUUGUGUGAAGGAAAUGAGCAGGGUGGUAUUAGUAUUGAAAUUUAGCAUAACUGAAUUAAUACCUACAAGACAAGGGGGGGUGAAAAUGAGCAUACAAAUGUUCUCAAAAAGUGCUGCUAUGUUGUUGCAUUUUGUAGGGUUUGAUAACAGAAGAAGCCGAAGAGUAUUAUUAUCAUCAUAAUAAUUGUUGAGUGUCUCAUCCAUUUGUUAAUGGUAGAAGUAGAGCAUUUUUCAAAAGUAAAAAAAAAUGUAGAGGAAAUAUUUAUUUUCCAACACUCCUUUUAGAUGUGUUCACAGCACUUAAUUGGAACUCAUUCAGCAUAAGACUGAAAUAAUCUCACUGUGAUACAGUCAUGAUACGCAAAGUUAUGAUGAGAGGCUUUCAGUAAAGUGUUACCGUCAUUUUCAUAUUCAAAGCCAAAGAUCUAAGCCAGACUAGACUAGAUCAGCAACAUGUUUUAACAGUUGUUCUUAGGUGUUAGCACAUGCUCAGAAAAUAACUCAAGUACAGUGUUACAAUAGUUAUUUUUCAGUAAAAAAUAUGUUCAAGCAAAACAACAAUCAGUUUCGUCUUAGUACUUAGGUCGUCGACAAUUCUGCCAUCACAAAAAGAGAAUAUCUUCUCCUAACUUCUCUUUAAAUAAGGAGAGUAUAAAAUGCAAUGCAUCUACCCCUCUAUCAUACCCUAUCAAUGUCUUUGCUCUUCAUGAACGUGUACUUAUAUCCAGAGUAUGCCUAAGGAUUACCAUGCCUUGAUAUCAAAUGUUAUUUUAUUUUUCAUUUUAAGUUGUUUAUUGUUUUACUUGGGAAUCUUGGAUUGGAAAACAUGGUUUAAACUAAGCCAACAGUACUGUAACCUAGGCAUAUUAAUAAGAUAUAUUGAAAGCCUAUAGAGUUUGCAUUAUGGCAAAUCUAUCUCCUAUUUCUUUGACUGAAGGCCAUUCGGCUAAAAUGUUCCUUUUCUUGUACAUAGACCCCCUCCCUCCCUGUUGCAGUCAUUUUGUAUCAGAGUCUUCCAGUUUUACUGCAAAACAAUGGAAUGUAAAGAUUUUAUAUUAUUAAUAAUGUUAUUAUUGUUAUUGUACAUGCUAUUAUAUUGUUACUUUUUUCAAUAAAACCUCAAUGAAUGAUCAAA